AUGUGCUCCGGCAUUCUCAAGGAGGGUGUAUCCACUCAGCAAAGAAUCCUUGGUGGCUCACUCACUACCAUACAAAAUUAUCCGUUCGCCGCUGUGGUCUUGCAGAACACUAACCAAGGUUAUGUACAAACCUGCGGUGGUGUUAUUCUGAACAACAGAUCUGUUCUUUCAGUUGCUCGCUGCUUUUUCGGUACUGCAUCUAAUAUUUGGCGCAUACGAAUUGGAUCUUCAUAUGCAAACAGCGGAGGCUCUACUCGCAAUGUCGGCACACUGAUCGUCCAUCCCAACUACCAAGAUUACCAGCUACAUAGUAAUGUUGGUAUAUUCAGAGUAACGUCAUCUUUCGAUUUUGGAGUAAACGUACAGCCAGGAACAUUCGCAGGUUCCAGCUAUAAUAUAGCUGACAAUCAGAUUGUUUGGACUAUUGGAUGGGGAGAAACAUAUUUCAAUGGUCCCAAAUCAAAUCAGCUGAGACAUGUCCAAGUCUUUACAGUGAACCAAAACGUAUGUAGAAAUAACUACAAUGUUAUCGCCAUGACUGUCACUGAUAACAUGAUGUGCGCCGGCAUUCUGGAUCAGGGUGGUCGUGACCCUUGCGCUGGUGACUUUGGUGGUCCUCUACUUUACAACGGUGUUAUCGUUGGUAUUUCAUCUUGGGGUAGCGGAUGCGGCUACCGUGGAUACCCAGCCGUUUAUACCCGUGUACCAGUAUACAUCGACUGGAUUCAAAGCAAUGCUUAAAUUAAUUUAUGAA